UACAAGAUGAGAGUCCCACUAAUAAGUAUACUGAGCUUCUUUCUCAUUAUUCUUUUUCUUAGUGGUUCUUUAGUCGCUACAGGAGAAACAGUGAAUCAAAACAGUAGGUAUACGACUGAUAAUUAUGGGUACACACCUCCGUCACCAACUUAUGGAGCUCCACCCAGUCAACCGACACCACCAACUUACAGUCCCCCAAUUGUGCCACCACCGGUACAAAAGCCUCCUACACCAAUUUACAGUCCUCCUGUAACACCUCCAAUACAAAAGCCACCAACACCGAUUUAUAGUCCACCGGUAAAACCACCACCGGUGCAAAAGCCUCCGACUCCAACUUACAGUCCUCCAGUCAAGCCACCUCCCGUCCAAAAACCACCAACACCAAUUUAUAGUCCACCUAUUAAACCACCACCAGUGCAAAAGCCUCCAACACCUAUUUAUAGUCCACCAGUUAAACCACCCCCGGUGAAACCUCCAACACCUAUUUAUAGUCCUCCCAUAAAACCACCACCAGUACAACAACCUCCGACACCAACCUAUAGUCCACCUGUUAAACCACCUCCAGUGAAACCUCCGACGCCAACUUACAGUCCGCCUGUCAAACCACCACCUGUGCAAAAACCUCCAACACCUACUUAUAGUCCACCAGUUAAACCACCACCUGUGAAACCUCCAACACCUACUUAUAGUCCUCCUGUAAAACCACCACCCGUGCAAAAGCCUCCUCAUAUCAAACCACCGCCCGUGCAAAAGCCUCCUCAUAUCAAACCACCGCCAGUCCAAAAGCCUCCCACACCAAUUUACAGUCCUCCUAUCAAACCUCCACCUGUGCAAAAGCCUCCUCCUAUCAAACCACCACCAGUUGAAAAACCUCCAACACCUACUUAUAGUCCUCCCAUAAAACCACCACCAGUACAAAAGCCUCCAACACCGACCUAUAGUCCUCCAGUUAAACCACCACCAGUGAAACCUCCAACACCUACUUAUAGUCCUCCUGUAAAACCACCACCAGUGCAACAACCUCCCACACCAACCUAUAGUCCACCUAUUAAACCACCUCCAGUAAAGCCUCCAACUCCAACUUACAGUCCUCCAGUCAAGCCACCUCCCAUUCAAAAACCACCGACACCAAUUUAUAGUCCACCUGUUAAACCACCACCAGUGCAAAAGCCUCCAACACCAACUUAUAGUCCUCCAGUUAAACCACCUCCAGUGAAGCCUCCAACACCUACUUUUAGUCCUCCAAUAAAACCACCACCAGUACAACAACCUCCGACUCCAACAUAUAGUCCACCUAUUAAACCACCUCCAGUGAAACCUCCAACACCAAUUUACAGUCCGCCAGUUAAACCACCACCCGUGCAAAAGCCUCCAACACCAACUUACAGCCCACCAGUUAAACCACCUCCGGUAAAACCUCCGACACCAACUUAUAGUCCUCCUGUAAAACCACCGCCAGUGCAAAAGCCUCCUACGCCCACUUAUAGUCCACCUGUUAAACCACCACCCGUCCAGAAGCCUCCCACACCAACUUACAGUCCUCCUAUCAAACCACCACCCGUGCAAAAACCUCCAACACCAACUUAUAGCCCUCCUAUCAAACCACCACCAGUGCAAAAGCCUCCAACUCCCACUUAUAGUCCUCCGAUAAAGCCACCACCAGUGCAGAAGCCUCCAACACCGACCUACAGUCCACCAGUUAAACCACCACCAGUGAAGCCUCCAACACCUAUUUAUAGUCCUCCCGUAAAGGCACCACCAGUGCAACAACCUCCGACACCAUCUUAUAGUCCUCCUGUAAAACCACCACCGGUGCAGAAACCUCCAACACCCACUUAUAGUCCACCUGUUAAACCACCACCCGUGCAAAAGCCUCCAACUCCAACUUACAGUCCUCCUAUCAAACCACCACCCGUGCAAAAACCUCCAACACCAACUUAUAGCCCUCCUAUCAAACCACCACCUGUGAAAAACCCUCCAACUCCCACUUAUAGUCCUCCGGUAAAGCCACCACCAGUGCAGAAGCCUCCAACACCAACCUACAGUCCACCUAUUAAACCUCCCCCAGUAAAACCUCCAACACCAACUUAUAGCCCUCCUAUAAAGCCACCACCAGUGCAACAACCUCCAACAGCAACUUAUAGCCCACCUGUUAAACCACCUCCAGUGAAACCUCCGACACCAACUUACAGUCCUCCUGUAAUACCACCACCAAUACAAAAGCCUCCAUCGCCCACAUACAGUCCACCUGUACUUCCACCACCUGUGCAGAAGCCUCCAACACCAAUUUAUAGUCCUCCACAAGUCGGAUAUGGUACUCCUCCUCCAUACGCAGAUCUUUCACAACCUUAGAUAACGAGUUUAAUAUAUAUAUAUACACCCAAAAAGAUCGCCAAGUAGGCUUUCUAGCACAAGGGCAG